GGGCGCUGUGAGCACAGUGAGAUGGUGCUUCACUUCCGGGCUGAUGACAGGUCGGGUUGGGACCUAGCUCCAGAGCUAAACACAACACCGGUCCAGGGUGAUGGGGCCAGACGUGGCCCCGGGGCCAGCUGUGCCCUGGAGGAAGGUUCUGUGGAACGCCAGCCAUUCCCCGAUAACUACGUGGACCAGCGGUUCCUGGAGGAGCUGAAGAACGAGGGGAUCAGACAGUACAGAUACUGGGCGGUGGUGAGGGAGGCCGGCUUUGUGGGGCAGCAGCUGUCCUGUGUGGCCAUCUCAUCUCUCUGUGGCCUACAUGGAGCAGGGUCUGCUGUCUCCAGAGACUCUCCUGUGGAGCAGCCUGGUCUGCGCCCUGCUGGGUUAUGGACUGUACCAGUCCCUGUCGUCUCAGGCGAUAUCGGCUGCGAGCCUCGGACUCGUCUGGCUGACCUUCAGAGCGCUGCGAUCUUUCUCUCCUUCACCUUCGGCUUCUCUCCGGUCCUGAAGACGCUCACUGAGUCCGUGAGCACAGACACCGUGUACGCCAUGUCCGCCGUCAUGCUCCUCGCACACCUGGCGUCCUUCCCCUACGCCCACCCAUCCCCGCCGGGCAGCCUGUCCCUGAACGCAGCCCUGUUCGCCUCAGUGUGUCUGGCCUCGAGGUUACCUGGCGCUCUGCACACCUUCGCCAUGCUGAGCUGUGCCCUGAUGGUGUUCGCCCUGUGGCCAUGCCUGCUGCAGAGGCUCAGGGAGAACGCACCCGGACAUUUCACAGGGGUGUGUGUGGGGUGUGUGUGGGAGGGUGGUGGGGCUGGGGUCACAGUCACCAGGGGGCGCUGUGCUGCUGGCCCUGGCAUUAGGGAGUGUGACUUUUCUCUGCCCGCUGCUGUUAGUGUGUCUGCAGAGACACAAAGACAAAUCCAGGGUCCAUGGGACGAGGCCGAGAUCCACGAGGACCUGAGCCACCUGACCUGAUCCAGAGGAACUCAGAGCUAUCCGCUGACGGAGAGUUUAUACGAACUAAUGACUGUCUUUACAUUGCUGCUGUCGACUAAACUAACAGACUCUGAUCAUGUGACCACAGCUGUCAGAGCGGCCAUGACACCUCAUCACUCUCAAGAAAUGACGGUGUUGUUAAUGUUGACCUCAAAUCUAAUGUGCAAUGCUGAAUCCACACGGCACACACUCCGCUUGACGUCAAGUUUUUAUCAUGUUGUGUAACUGGUGGUGUGUGUGUGUGUGUGUGUGUGUGUUGUGUGUGUGUGUGUGUAAGAAUGAAUUGUGGUGUGUGUGCUAAUAAAGUUUUUAAAGGAUUUUUUCUAUAAUAAAGCAGGUUUCUCUCUGAAUGUUCUUUAAUAAAGUGUGGUGAAGAUAACAGAGUCAUUUUAUUCUGGAGUUUGUUACACUAAUAAAUGCUUCAUUUGUAUCAUCAGA